AAUGGUUUAGUCGUGCCAAAAUGUUUCUGAAAGGCACUGCAGUCCUCGCCUGCCUGGGCUUUUUUUCCCUGUCGGCGGCGUACGAUAUAACAUCCGUUGUCGAAGAUGGAAUUCCUGGAUCCCUCAAAAUUUCCACAGAACCAUUUGUUAGGAUCGGCCAUGGCUACUAUUAUAUUGAGAGUAAAGUUACAAAGAACUGGUAUGAAGCCUAUGAGUCGUGUCGACGUAUGAAUGCCGACUUGAUUGCCUUCGAAACCAUCGAAGAAUGGGAUCUGAUCAGACAGUAUAUUGUAGACCUGGAAGUCCGUAGUAUAUACUGGACAGCAGGCAAUGAUUUGGGGAAUGAGGGUAAACAUGUAUGGCAUUCCACUGGAGAACCGCUGACAUUGAACAUCUGGUCUCCGGGGGAACCGAAUAACAAGGAAGGAGUGGAGCACUGUGAUGAAGUGUGGUAUCACGAGGCUAGGGCCUUUAAUUUAUUGAAUGACCGGGACUGUUCUUUAAAGCGGCGGUUUAUCUGCGAGGCACCCCAGCCAAAGAUAGCCUCGUUUAUCAUCUGGUAAUACUAACUCUAAGGAGAUGUGCAUUAAAAUGAAGAACUCAAACGAAA